UUCCCGCUAUUUCCAAUGUGUUCAGUAAAAUAUUUGAGCGGUUUGUUUACAUUUAGUUAUGGCCCCGCUUUGAAAAUUUUUUUGAGCAAUCGAAUAAUUUCCAUUCCUUAGCUCAGUUUAUUAUCAGCCAGUUAUUAACAUGUACGCUUUUAGAAAUUCUGGUUUUACGAAAGAACAAUUGACAAAUUUAGGCGUGACUUCCAAAGAUGUCCCAGUUGCUGCUCCUACAUCACUUUUUCCACCUUUAGUGUCACGUCCUAUUGAGAUUGAAAAAAGCGAAGAAUUGGAGUAUAAAGUUGACUGGAAAGUGCAGUUUCAGAAUGAUCUUUUUGAAGUGCAUAGUAAUCUAGAUCUUAAUCUUACGGAUGACAGCUAUUCUUCAAAGGUUGCAAAUGCCAUUGAAAGAGAACAUAAGAAGAAAGUGCAGCUAAAAUUUGCAUGGAACCUUAUGCCAGCUGAGCUCCGACCAAGUAAUAAACGAAGAUCUCCAAAUAAAUCGAACAAAGCGAAGAAACUGAAAGUAGUUCCAUCAGAAAUUGUUGAAGAAAAAUUAAAAAUUUUAGAGCAGAAGGAAAAGGAAAAUCCCGAAGGUGAAGAGCGUAGUACCAAAGGAGAUAAUGAAAGUGAUGAUGAUAUCAAUGAUGACGGAGAAGAAAAGAUGGAAGAUCAAGAAAUGGACGACGAUAUUGACUAUGGGAAUAACUAUUUCGAUAAUGGUGAAGGGUACAAUGAUGAAGAUGAUAAUUUGGACGAAGGGGAUGGAAAUUUAUCCAAUGAGGAAAUCACAAGAAAACGUAAUCGAAUCUUUGAUUUUGAACAGAAAAAACAGCGUAGCAAUGUUGGACGAGUGGAGAAAAUCGAAGUUAGAUAUUUGGGCACUCCAGAAGACGCAACAAUGAUGAUGAAUAAGAAACUUUCUACUCCAUAUAAUUGUGCUCAACAUAUUAGUGAAUCAAAAUGUAAAACAUCGGCGGUAGCUCUUUUGAAUAACAAGAUACUUUGGGAUAUGCACAGACCUUUGGAAGAUUCUUGUACACUUCAACUUCUGUCUUUUAAAAUGAACGACCCUGGUGCUGUCAAUGCAACGUUUUGGAGAUCGUGCUCCUUCUUCUUAGGAGCAGUCUUACAAAAGACUUUUAAAGAAAAUGCUGGCUUAUUCUUGCAUAGUUUCACAAAGCCGAAUGUCCGGUCUGGAAGCUUUGUUCAUGAUAUCGCACUCAACGAAAGUGAUUGGAAGCCUUCAAAAGAAGAUUUUUUCACUCUUAAAGUUGAAAUGACAAAAUUUGCAACACAAAAUUUAAAAGUUGAGAGAUUAGAAGUUUCGCAUGAUAUUGCUUUGGAAAUGUUUAAAGAAAAUCCUUUCAAACGCGAACAACUUCCGAGUAUCUCAAAUAGUAAUAAUGGAAUAGUCACACUAUAUCGUGCUGGUGAUCACAUUGAUAUCAGUAAAGGACCAAUGGUUGCUUCAACAUCCUUUUUAGGAACUUCUGCCAUUGCAUCAGUUCAUAAAAUAUCCGCAGAAAAUGCUUCUUGCAAUCUUUAUCGUGUGCAAGGCGUCGCACUUCCAACUGGCAUCUCAAUGAAUUCAUUUGCAUUUAACAAUAUUCUCGUGGAAAGAGCUCGAAAGCUGAAUCCAGUAGGACUACAACAGACUCAAGAAGAGAAUGAAGAGCAACACAUUGAGCAGUCGCCAAUUCUUCAACAAAGUGCUAAUUAGAAAUCAAAAACAUGUUUUUGUACACAUUAACUAAAAUAAAACUUAAUUAAACGUAGUGAUUUGAAAACACGAA